AUGCACCGUAGUGCCUAUGAUCAUACUCUAUUUUACAGACACUCUAACCAUGGCAGUAUUUUGUUAUUUGUCAAUGUUGAUGAUAUUGUGAUAAGAGGUGAUGAUGUAAGAGGAGUUGAUGCGCUUAAGUCUUUUCUUAAAGUGAAAUUCCAUACGAAAGAUCUGGGGGUGUUGAAGUACUUCCUUGGGAUUGAAGUUGUUCAUUCUAAGAGAGGCAUAUUUCUUUCACAACGGAAAUAUGUGCUAGAUUUACUUGAAGACUCUAGGCUCUUAGGGUCAAAGCCCUAUGAGACUCCUAUGGACCAGAGUGUUAAACUUGUAACUAGUGAGUGGGAACUUCUUGAAGACCUGGAGAGGUAUAGGAGACUGGUUGGUAAGUUGAACUAUCUUACUAUCACUCGUCUUGAUAUUGCCUUUCCAGUAAGUGUGGUGAGUCAGUUCAUGGCGUCUCCUACUAAACUUCAUUGGGAAGCUGCAAUUCGAAUUGUAAAGCAUUUGAAGGGUGCUCCUGGGAAAGGAAUCUUGUAUGCCAGUCAUGGGCAUGUAAGUGUUGAAGCCUUUUCUGUCGUUGAUUGGGUUGGGUCACCGAGUGACAAGAGAUCUAUAAUUGGAUAUUGUGUGUUCUUUGGUGGCAAUCUAGUCUCGUGUAAGAGUUGGAAGUAG